GGGCCGAGCAUGCCGGGAGAUGUAGUUCUGAGUUUGAGCGGCCUGACCAAUGGGAUCACCGAUUGGGGUAGAGGGGGUGGGUUCUCUGCAGAAGGACUGGAAGGUGGCGGUGGCAGAGUCGCUGGGCUUGGGUUUGCUCGCAGGUGACUAUGAAAGGCUUAUAUUUUCAACAGAGUUCCACAAAUGAAGAAAUGUUUGUAUUUCAAGAAAGGGAAAAUCUUCCUGGGACAGAGGAUUACUUUGUGAAACUUCAAGUUAAAGCUUGUGCCCUGAGCCAAAUAAAUACAAAGCUUCUGGCAGAAAUGAAAAUGGAAAAGGAUUUCUUUCCUGUUGGGAGAGAAGUUUCUGGAAUAGUAUUAGAUGUCGGAAGCAAAGUAUCAUUCUUUCAACCAGACGAUGAAGUAGUCGGAAUUUUGCCUCUAGAUUCUGAAGACCCAGGACUGUGUGAAGUUGUCAGAGUACAUGAGAAUUACUUGGUUCAUAAACCAGAAAAGGUCACAUGGACAGAAGCAGCUGGAACCAUUCGGGAUGGAGUCCGAGCCUAUACCGCUCUACACUACCUUUCUCAUCUCUCUUCCGGAAAAUCAGUGCUGAUAAUGGAUGGAGCAAGUGCGUUCGGCACCAUCGCCAUUCAGUUAGCGCACCACCGGGGAGCCAGAGUGAUCUCAACAGCAUGCAGCCUGGAGGACAAGCAGUACCUCGAAAGAUUCAGGCCUCCGAUAGCUCGAGUGAUUGACAUCUCUGCUGGGAAAGUCCACAUUGCUGAGAGCUGUUUGGAAGAAACAGGUGGCCUGGGAGUAGAUAUUGUGCUAGAUGCUGGAGUGAGAUUAUAUAGUAAUGAUGAUGAACCACCUGUAAAAUUACAGCUACUGCCACAUAAGCAUGAUGUCAUCACCCUUCUUGGUGUUGGAGGCCACUGGAUAACAGCAGAAGAAAACCUUCAGUUGGAUCCUCCAGAUAGCCAUUGCCUUUUCCUCAAGGGAGCAACUGUGGCUUUCCUAAAUGAUGAAGUUUGGAAUUUGUCAAAUGCACAACAGGGAAAAUACCUUUCCACGCAUCUUAAAAGAGGUGAUGGAGAAGUUAUCGGCUGGUGUUUUUAGACCUCAGUUGGAUGAACCCAUCCCACUGUGUGAAGCAAAAGUUUCCAUGGAAGUUGUUCAGAAAAAUCAAGGAAGAAAAAAGCAAGUUGUUCUAUUUUAAUUUUCUUAUUUCUUAGACCUCAGUUGGAAGACCAGUAUUGUAAGUGCAAAUUUUCCUUGAAAAUUGAGAAAAAAUCAAGUAGGAAAAAAAUCAAGUGGUCUCAUUUUUAAGCAUGUUUCCUUGUUAAGAUGUUCAGUUAUUUGAUGUAUUUGGGAAAUUUUUGCUUAUGCAAGUGAUCGAGAUAAUUCUGUAUUUAACAUCUGAAGGGAAUAUUCAGAAAGACUUUUUAGUUAUUUCUAUACAUUUUGCCACGGUUACAAGAUUCUUUCCAUGAAGAAAACUACUGCUUUCAGUAAAACUUACACUAUUCCAUUGAUAAACCUGUUAUAGGCCUUUGCUGUAAAGGUUCUGUCAAAGUAAUGUUACUAAUCUUUUAUGAAUCCAUUGUUAAUAUCUUCUUUAA